CUAGAUAGCACUGCCUGUCUAAACACCAGUUAACCACAACCGACUCGACCUAAAGGUUUGGAGGGGGUUUGCUUGAUGGGGUCCAAGCAGGCGACAAAGUGAUGGUCUAAGGACUGGCAGUCACAGAGGUGCUUGCGCGUGGAAUGUUGCGCUGGUCGGUGCACCUAGAAGGAGGGCCGCGGAGAGUCAACCAUGCUGCUGUGGCCGUGGGGCACAAGGUUUACUCUUUUGGAGGCUACUGCUCUGGGGAAGACUACGAGACGCUCCGUCAGAUUGACGUGCAUGUAUUCAACACAGUGUCUUUGCGCUGGAUGAAGCUGCCUCCAGUGAGGACGGGAGGACAUGAGCGUGCCUGUGAAGUGCCGUAUAUGCGUUAUGGCCACACAGCUGUGCUGCUGGAUGAUAUUAUCUACCUCUGGGGUGGGCGUAACGACACAGAGGGGGCCUGCAAUGUGCUUUAUGCCUUUGAUGUCAACACCCACAGAUGGUUCACACCCAAGAUUUCGGGGACUGUUCCAGGGGCGAGGGAUGGCCACUCAGCCUGCGUCUUGGGGAAAGCAAUGUAUAUAUUUGGAGGAUAUGAACAGCUGGCUGACUGCUUCUCCAAUGACAUCCACAAGCUGGACACCACCACCAUGGUUUGGUCAUUAAUUAAUGCCAGAGGCACUCCGGCGCGCUGGAGAGACUUCCACUCAGCCACCAUCAUCGGGACAAAGAUGUUCGUGUUUGGAGGGCGAGCCGACCGCUUCGGCCCCUUCCACUCUAACAACGAGAUCUAUUGCAACAAGAUCAAAGUGUUCGACACAGAGACAAACUGCUGGCUGAGUACACCUUCGACACAACCGUUGCCAGAGGGACGCAGGAGUCAUUCAGCCUUUUCCUACAAUGGAGAGCUGUACAUAUUUGGAGGAUACAAUGCCCGCCUGGACCGGCACUUCAACGACCUCUGGAAAUUCAAUCCAGAAGCCUUUUCGUGGAAUAAGGUAGAACCGAAGGGGAAAGGCCCAUGCCCGCGGAGACGGCAGUGCUGUUGUAUGGUUGGAGAUCGAAUCAUCCUCUUUGGAGGAACGAGUCCCUGUCCAGAGCAAGGAAUGGGAGAUGAAUUUAACCUCAUGGAUCAUUCAGACCUGUAUAUCUUAGACUUCAGCCCUAAUUUGAAGACGUUAUGCAAAAUAGCUGUUAUUCAGUACAGUCUGGAGCAGUCAGGACUCCCACAUGAUAUCAGGUGGGAAUUGGCAGCCAUGACCACCAACAGCAACAUCAGCAGGCCCAUCUUCUCCUCCCAUGGCUGAUGCUGCUGAAUGUGAAGCAGAACACAGCUGUUUCAGGACACUGGGCUUUUAUCUUUCUAAUCAACUGAGCUCUGAGGGACUGUUUUGUAGAGUUUGGAUCUGUAUUGGAUUUAUUUUCCACUUUCUUCAAGUGAAAACUCAUUACUGACCAAAAUAUCCUGCCUGUGACUUCCUCAGACACCAUGAGCUCUCUCAAGUCCGUGGAUAUUUUAACCCUUGAAGACAGUGGUUAUGUGCGACAGAAAUCAUUGACACCUGUUCACCCUUUUCUCUUCUUACUAGCCUCUCUAGAAAUCCAAUCAGCCUAUGAUAAUCAUAGACUUCAAACCUUAAGCACAGGAAGAGACGAGAACUUCAGCCAAAGGUCUUGAGAGCCAAUCUCUCUGGUGAGGAUUUCAUCCUGAUGUCACACUCAACAGAUCUCCCUGAAGAAACAAACGUGAACCGUCUGUUCUGUAGAAAUAAAGAACCCCCUUUCACACAGCCUGUUCAAGGCGGGAACUUUGCGCCUUUAUUCUGCCUCGCCGUUAUGUAUAGAAGGUAUGAACACAGAAUGGAGGGGGCAUUGUUGUUCCGCUUUUAAGCCGGCAGCAUCCGUGGAAAGUGGAGAGCCGGUGUGGCGGGACAGACGCCGAUGCCAUUAACUUACAUGUCACUUCUCUGAUUCAGAAGCGCUGGCAUGUUAUCUGAAAUCACACACUAGGGCGGCAUUAUGUCGACUUUGUUUGGUUCAGUGUAAACAAACAAAGGCAACAUAAUGAGGUGUGUUCUUAACUGCAGUGCAACAGGAUCUCUGUGUAAAAGGGGCGAGAGACUGGGGUGGUCAUGAGUUUGUAAAUCUUGCAAUUUUAACUUGGUCCGGAAACCAUGUAAAACUACCAUGUCCAUUUGCGGCAAAUGAAGUUAUUGUACACAGUAUACAGAGAAGGCUAACUUAACUGUCUUGGUGUUAAAUGAGACGGAACAUUUGCUACCACAAUGUUGGGGUAUAACUCUUGUGAAAGGUUCUGUUUGACCAGUUUUCAAUGCUUAGCUUUUCCCCCUACUUCAUCAUAACUCGGCUGGCACCCCACUGCUCUUAAAGUGUCUCAAAGGUGACUUGCAGGGCGGCUGAGGCAAACUCUCUGCCUUGUAAAAUAAUCGAGUCCAUCUACCUCCCUCAGUAGCAUUGAGUCUUUAAUGAGACUUCCCACACAUGAGACAUCGACCCCCCCCC